AUGGCGGUGAGUUGUAGCUCGACUUGUAGGAGAGAGAGAGUGUGUGUGAGAGAGAGAUACCGGCUGAUCGCUCACAGACGGUUACACUCUACACGCCCGCAACACGCGUGUACCGCGUGCGGCAAGAGGUUCUCUACAGCUAGCAACAGGACCAGACAUAUGGCGAGUCACACCGGCCUAAAACCGUUCAAGUGCGAAAUGUGCGGGAAGUGCUUCAAGCACGCGAGCGAGAAGCGUGCACACAUCACGUACGUGCACCUCAAGAAACCGUGGCCCAAGCGUGCCCGGGGCAAGCGCCGGGACUCCAGACAGACACAGCCUGUCCCGCCACAGCAAGAGAUGGAGCUCACGCAGCCGCCGUGGUGCGAAAACAAAAUGGCCGCGGAUAAGAUGUACAUGCUGUAA